AUGCAACUCACUCCGGAGGAACAAACGGAUCUAACGGAGCUGUUGCUGCAAACCCCUAACCUCAACGCGCGACUUACGUCCUUGCUGCACAGACUUCCGGGCCCACACCGCGUUGAGCGACUUAACGACAACCAGCAAAGACAGUCAAGUCUUUACGCGCAGCCUGACAUUGAUCCGACGACUGUGAAUCUGGAGAACACAUCUUACUGUACGGACAACAACACUGAGAUUGAUCCCGCCCACACAGGAGACGAAUCUCUGACCGGCGGCACUAUUGCUACUGGCCCCCAGCGGCAAACACGGGCCUCUCGACGUGCCCGCGAGCAAGCUCACCCCUACGCCCCUCAGCCAGUUGCAAGAACUGUUGCCGCAAACCGGUUUGAAAAGCCAGGCGGUGACGAACGCGCUCGAGGACUGCUCCGACAGCGACCACAGCAGCGCCUCCCUCCUUGCCCUCGAGGCGGGAUACAGUUCCUCCCGCCUAACGUUGCAAUGGAGUCCCACGCCUCGACGGAGUCCGAGGAGGCACCGACGCAGCAGUGGCAAAACACCUCAGAGCCAAGUCUUACCACCGGUGCCGCUGUUCACAAGUAUACGUCUCUGCUUACCUCGAAUCUCAACGAUGCGAAGCUCCUUGACGUGUGCAAAGCGGUACAGGCAGACGUGACGCAGCUGCAGGGGUCGCCUGUUCGCCAGGAUGAAUCGCUACGCUCUCUGGUAGCCCGGUGCGCGCACAGCCUCAAGCUGGACGCGGCAGCGAGUUUCUGGCUGAUCAUCAGCCACAUUAGGCUGGCCUUUAGAGUGGCAAGCAUACUUGAAUCUGAUGAUGGCCAAUCGGACGAAGGCAAGCUCACGGUGGCUGGAAUUUGGCGCAGAGAAUUCGAAGGCGUUGAGGGUGCGCCAGAAAAGAGAACAUUUCAGGACUGGAAUACUACUGGUGUGAAGUUUGCGCGACUCGCGGGAGGUGGUUCUAUCUAUAUGCUGGUGCUAGUAGCCGCUCAGAAUCUCAGGGUACCUCUGGCUACCGCCAACGCACACAUUGCGCAAGAUUUCGGUAACCUCCUGAGGUGGCCGGACGGAGUUCGACUUACCAGACCACGGGUCGAUUCCCCGCUCAGGCUAUCUCCCGUCCCUCCGCAGUUAGAAGAAAUCGUGGUUCGCAUCCAGUAUGACGAGCAGCGGGAGGAUAACCAGCGCUAUCCAGGACCGCGUGGCGACAGAGAGAAGAAUAUUGUCUGGACAGAACGAGCUCGUCAACAUGCGUCUAACUGCGUUCAACCGGCAAGCUUUGAGGGUCUCCAGACUGAGCUCGAUUGUUUGUACUCUGAAGGAAAGAGAAUCAGGGACGACUCAUACGUGCGCGUACCCUUAGAACUUGUAAGAGACGUGCUGACAUUCAGAGGCGCAAACAACAGUCUCGUAGCGUCGAUCUGCACGUCGAUGUCGGAAGCUAUGGCAGCUGAUCUGACGGAGCGGCUGGUCGUGUGCUUCGAUACCGAUCCUUUGAACGACGUGGACACUGCGACGCAAACACAGCACGACUUUGAAGCUAUUCAUUUCUCGUGGUACAACCGCCACGCCACAAAGGGCCACGACGCGCCCUCGGACGUACCGCCACAAAUGAUGAGCAAGUCGGGACGCUCUAGGACCAACUACCGUCAAAUGAUACCGUAUCCGUCCAAAGAUAUGGUGGUCCAUGAGCCCAUCUAUCAGGCAAUGGAGCGCAUUCUGGGCGAUGUGUUCAGCUGGAUAGAUACUAAGGUGCAGACGAUCCUUCCAGGCGUAUACCGUCAUCUCGAGGCAACGUCCAGCAUCCUCCCUAACCACCAGCAGUCGCUGGUCAACCCGUUCGUGGGUUUGGUCAUCAACGUCAACGUCGCAACCUACGCCCACAGAGACAGCAAGGACGACACUGUCUGUGUCGUCCUUGCUGUUGGCAAUUUCGAGGGCGGCGAGUUGUGCCUGCACGAAGCAGGCCUGGUCAUACCGCUGCGGGCGACGGGCUUCAAUAGUGCUACAUACGGACCGAGAGAUGUUACGCUGGGCAGAAAGCGAUAG